UCCAGGCUGGAGAUGAUGGGGCCUCAUCAUCUGACGUCCUAUCCCCAGGGCUUGGUGACCUUCUUUGAUGUGGCCGUGAGUUUCUCCACAGAGGAGUGGCCAUGCCUGGAUGCCUCUCAGCGGAAGCUCUAUAGAGAAGUGAUGCUGGAGACCUAUGAGCACCUGCAGGCAGUAGGGCAUCAUGGCACGAAGCCUACACUGAUCUCCUGGUUGGAAGGAGGAGCCCUGGGGAGGCUGCCGAGAAGCGUGUUUGCAGCAGAAUCAAAGCCAGAAAUCCAUCCAUGUCCCUUCUGCUCUCUAACCUUCUCAAAUCAGAACUUCCUCAGUCGUCACAUGAAACGCAGUCAUCCCUCUCAGAUCCUCCCAGGAACAUCUCCAAGAAAUCACCCUCAAUCAGAGAAUUCCUGUCCACGUGAUCAAAAAUUACUGCAGCAACAUUCUGAUCCUUAUAACGACAAAUUUGACAAACCAUGGAAUGACAUAUUUGAAAAUCAAAAGCACAAAGAAAGUUCCAUAGCUUUGGCUAAGAAGAUAAGGCAUAAAGGAAUUUCAACAGCCUUUUCUAGACUAUUUUGUGAUCAGAUAGGGAUCUCUAAUAAACAUAUGUCAACGGAGUAUGAAACUAGCACCGGCCAGAAAGAAAAUCUAAAGGACACAAGUAGAGUAGUUGAAGAGAUAGGAAUGCCAAGAAUUUUAAGAGACAAGUAUGCUAGGCCUGGGCAAAGCUUCACUGAUGGAUCAAAUCUCAUGACACACCAGAGGACAUACCCAGGGGAGAAGCUCCAUGUUUGCAGGGAGUGUGGGCAAGGCUUCACUCGGAGGUCACAUCUCAUUGCACACUGGAGAACACACACAGGGGAAAAGCCCCAUGUUUGCAGGGACUGUGGGCGGGGCUUCAGUCUGAGGUCAAAUCUCAUUAGACACCAAAGGACACAUACAGGGGAAAAGCCCCAUGUUUGCAGGGAGUGUGGGCGAGGCUUCAGUCAGAUGUCACAUCUUAUCACACACCAGAGGAUACACACAGGGGAGAGGCCCUAUGUUUGCAGGGAGUGUGGGCAAGACUUCAGUCAUAAGUCACAUGUCAUCACACACCAGAGGACACACACAGGAGAGAAGCCCCAUGUUUGCAGGGAGUGUGGGCGAGACUUCACUCGGAGGUCACAUCUCAUCGCACACUGGAGAACACACACAGGGGAGAAGCCCCAUGUUUGCAGGGAUUGUGGACGAGGUUUUAGUGUGAGGUCAUAUCUCAUUAUACACCAGAGGAUACACACAGGAGAGAAGCCCCAUGUUUGCAAGGAGUGUGGGCGAGGCUUUAGUCAGAGGUCACAUGUUAUCAGACAUCAGAAGACACACACUGGGGAGAAUCCACAUGUUUGUAAGGAAUGUGGGCGAGGCUUCAGUGAUUGGUCAAAUCUCCUCAGACACCAGAGAACACACACAGGGGAGAAGCCCUAUAUUUGCAAGGAGUGUGGGCAAGGCUUUAGGCGGAGGUCACAUCUCAUCAAACACCAGAGGACACACAAAGGCCCUAUGUUUGAAACAAAGGUGACUAAUGAACAGAAUAAAUAACAAUCUGCAUCCACACACAUGCAGCCACCACAAUCUGUAUAAGAUGUCUAGGCAGGUUACAAAGAAGUGUUCUGACCUCUUAACUCCUUCCAUAUUUUGCCCUGUGCACUAUUAAACAUCUUCAUAUAGUUCUUAUCUCUAAUAUUUCUUUCCCCCUUGAAAGCAGGGAAUGGAAUGGACAGAAAACUCAUGUGAUCACCCA